AUGGAUUCCCGAGAUUCUGCGGACGAGGGAGACGUGGGAAGUCUGGACACCUUGAAGGCGCUAACGGAGAAACUGAGGUUGGACACUCGCAGACCGUCUUAUUUGGAGUGGCAGGAGAGGCUCCGCACUGGACUGUGGAAGGACCAAAAUCCUCCCGCAGCUUCACCCAAAAGGGACCCCGACGGGCUUGCAGCUUUAACGCGCUUUGACGUCGGCGCCCACAACAUCUGUGGCUUUGAGACCAUUGAUGACGCCUUGCAGUUUCUCAGAAAAGAGCUGAGGGAGAUGCAAGACCAGGACAACCAUCUGGCCCGUCAGCUGAUUCGCCUCCGUGGGGAGAUCAACAAGCUGAAAGUGGAGCAGGUGUGUGAGCGGCACAAGGAAAUGCUGGACAAUGCCACGUACGAGCUGGAGGAGUGCGGCGAGGAGUCGGAUCUGCUGUGCGACAUCCCCAUGAAGGCCACGUUCGCUCUGUCCACCCCGCUGAAGCACCUGGGCCUCACCAAGAUGAACAUCAACUCCAGACGUUUCUCACUGUGUUAAAGCCCAACUCCUUCCUCUCAAUGAUAAGUAUUCGUUCUGCUCGACUUCCAUCAAGUACUGAGGCCCAUUUACUCUUUGGGAGGUCUGCACUGUAAACAAAACGAAACAUUGCUGUAAACUAUUUGCUGUAUGCACAAUUGUGUGACAUACAUGGGGAGUGCUUACACAAAUGCACCAUGACACUGGAUCCACCCACUUUGUCAAACACUGCACUCUUUAUAAGCUACAACUACACAAACAAAUGAAAGUAAUUUUUUUUUAAAUAAUGUUUUUUUUUUGGGGGGGUGUAACUUUUAAAAUGCAUUGCAUCAUACUUGCCAUACUUGGCUCUUAACCGGUAGCUACAUAAAGUAAUCCAAUAUUUCAAGCACACCCAAGAUAAUAAGCAGGCUAAAUUAACGCCUCUUGUGCAAACUGAGUUUGAAUCCCUGCUCAAAUUUUAUUGUGAAGUCGUUCUCCACUUGCUUACCAAAAACAGGAUGACUGACUACUCUCAAUUAUGCUGGUGUGAGUUUGAUUCUACUGGCGGCCAAAGUCAGGAUAAGCUCCAGCUUCCCAUCACCCUGAACAAGAUUGCAGUGAAGUGGUGUAGAAAAUGGAUGCAUAGUUAGUGCAGACAUUCGGAACAAUAAUUGUGUGUAAGUUUGCUUUUGCUUUGUCAAAUUUGAUCAGGCGAAGGUUCCGAGAGACAGAAAAGAGUUGGAUUCACAAAGAAUUCUUAAUGAUCUAUUAUACACAUGUAGAAUAAUGUAACACCUGUAUUUUGCUCAGGCAUGACACAUUUACACGUAUGUAUUCAGUGGUGUGCAGUAUUUUGAAGAAAACAAAGUGGUGAAUGUCACUUUAUAAUUUGCAUAAGAAUACAAAUUAUUAAUGAGGGGGAAGUUUUACGGUCACAGAUCGUGAUAUCAUUACAAUAAUGCAGCUUUAGCUAUGUGAUCUGACACCUGCAUUUUGGCAUCUGUUCUUAAAGGGGAAAUCCACUGGUUUGCAUGAACAAUAUAUCCAAUAGGUCAUGUAAUAUGUACUCUAUUUUGACAAUAUGAUGUUAAAUCCUCUCUCAUUCAAUAGUGUUUUGAGAAGAUUAUUUUCGACAAUCACAAAUUUUCAGGUACGCUGCCAUUUUCGCGAGUCACAUGACCUACGUGGGCGGAUGUGACGUGUUACGUGCCACAACAAAGGCUCGAUUACAUAUAAGAAAUAGCAGUAUCAGUUGAUGAAGACGGAGGAAUACUUCCAUAGACAGCCAUGAGCGGCUCGGCCGCUCGGCUGUAAAUAAUGUUGGAUAUUCGGAUGGUUCUUCGGGCGGAAUGACACGGAGUCUGACGAGCUUGCGCCGCGGCUGAGCGAGCUCACGGCUCAGCGGGAAGCGAGCUCAUGGCUCCGCCGCUCGGUGGAGUGAGCUCCCUGGCCGAGCGAGCUCAGAGCUCCGCCACUCUGUAUGGAAGUAUUCCUCUGUCUUCCCGAUGAACCGAUACUGCUAUUUCUUCAUCAGAUGAGGAUAAAUCUGAGAAAUCAGGGCUGGGUAUAAUGGUAUCCCAGGUUAUUGAGCGUUUGGAAUGGCACGUAACACGUCACAUACACCCACGUAGGUCAUGUGACUCGUAAAAAUGGUAGCACCCCUGAAAAUUUGUAAUUGUCGAUAAAAAUCUUCUCAAAACAGUAUUAAAUUAGAGAGGAUUUAACAUCACAUUGUAAAGAUAGAGUACGUAUUACAUGACCUAUUGGAUACAUUGUUGAUGGAAACCACUGGUUUUCCCCUUUAAGAAACCUUCAACGUUGUAGCGACCUGUCCAUGGCCUUUUUUUUAGUACAGGGUUACUGUGUUUUCCAUUUCAAUGUACACAAAUGUCAACACAUGUUAACAAUAUCAGUGGCUGCCAUAAAAAGUUACUGUUGAUCAGUAUAAGAACAUUUUUGUGCAUGACUGUUAAAACCUGCCUCCUCAAUGUGUAUAUACUGUAACAGCAAAACGCCUCAGAUGUAAAUUGUCAUUGCGAUGCAAUAUUCAAAGAAUAAAAAUUUUGUCUAUUCCUGCAGCUA